CAUUUAUUGACCGACAUUUGGGAAAGCAGUUGUUGUCCAGACGGCUCACCAAACCCAUCUAAACAACUAUCACCUUUUAUAUUCGAUUUAAAAUGCUCAAGAUUAGCAAUGGAUUGACCAUUAUCCUAAUAGCAUCAAUCGUUCAGCUGUUAUGUUCAUCGCUGACUGUCGCAGAAAGUAACGGAACAGGCAAGGAAGUGGAACGCGCAUUAAAAUGGCUUAUCACUCAGCGUGGAAAGGAUUGGGGGUGGGGAAGUCAGGAGACCACUCAGGCUCUGCUAGCGGUCUCCCUGACCGGCACUGGCGACUCCUUAGAGAGAGAGCUCAGCACUAAGCAAUUGGAGCUGAAUUUGGUGCUACAGCUGUGGCGUCACCAUGAAACUCCCCCUCUCACUCCCGGAAAAAUAGCCAUGUAUGCAUUGGCUUUGACUGCCAACUGCCAUGAUCCUAGACAGUUUCAUGGACAUGAUUUGAUUGGAUCAUUACUGCAUCAUGAGGCAGAAUCGGACUCGGAAUUUGCUCUGGCAUCAUUGGCAAUUUGCAGUUCUGGUGCUCAUGUGCGCAAGAGGCAUCUCAGGCGUUUGCUCGACAUUGCUAGUUCAAAGCAUUCAGCUUUGGGUGACGAGACUGAAUCCUGGAAUAGGAGUACAGCUGUGAGCUGGUUGCUGAAUCAGCAAGGACCAGAUGGUGCUUUCUUUGAUACAGAUACCACUUCCGAAGUGAUUCUGGCACUAGCCAAUCGUGGACUCGGUCAUGUCAAGGAGGUAGACUGUGACGAUCCACUUACCACUAAGUCUAAUGUGGAGUACCCGAAUGCUGCAAUCAUCACGCUUCAUACGAUAUCAGAUACAAUGACUGAGCCAGAGAGCAAACCAUCAUCAAAGCCAAACAAGGGAAAGUCUGUGACUAACAGUGACAAGCAGAAUAAAUCUUCGGUGACUUCGGAAAUUGCUACGACCACUGAUAGGGGUGACCACGAUGGAACCAGUACAGUCACUUACACUCUGUGGGUAGGCAGUAAUGUCACUGAGAACCACACCAUCAGUAUUACCAUGCCACACAACUCCACAUUCUACAACGUUAUGCAGAUGGCUGCAGAGAAGGAUAACCACUAUGUAUUUUCAGCUACGGAAUGGCCAAAUGGUCAUUAUGUGCAUACAUUGGCAGGGUUCAAGGAACAACCCAUGAAGUAUCGCUACUGGCUUCUGUACAGACUCCCCAGCUUGCCUGACCCUAGCAACCCCCCGGGUAACCAACUGGUGGCCCCUACAGGAGUGGACGAUCUCAUUGUUGAAGAUGGAGAGCAUUAUCUCUUCUGGUAUAAGAAGCUCUAAUCAUCUCACAAGAAGAAAGUAUUCCAGGUGUACUAUAACAAUAGAAUACCACUGAAAUCGAUAUAAAUCUUCAACGAGCCUUGAAAAAAGCUCUUUGAUAGCUAUUUAUAUUUUAUGCCAAUCACAUAUUAUUAUGCUUUAUAUAGCCUACUGUAUAUUGUACCUUGAAGGUGAUUUAUAAUAAAUCCCAAACCGGAAAUGAAUUCGCAUUGAUCACAAUCAUACAUUUAUCUCAUAAUACGCUAAAUUUAUUCAAGAUCAUUUAUAGGAUAGAGUACCUAUUGUAUACACUCAUUUUUGAUCACAUUUUUUAAAUUUUCCAGAACAAUAAAGAGCUUAUUAAACAGAUCGUGAUAAGCACGAUCUUUACGUUCAAAUGAUAUAUAAUUCAGAGAAUAUUGUACUAAGUUGUAAAGCUGUAACAGCACUUGAUCAGAGCGUUAUGAUUAUAUAAUGGAUAAAUCACUCCUAAUCAACUGCAGGACUUUGAAUCCUUGAUAAUUGAAUUAAUUGUACUUUGAUUGUAUUGAUAUACCCCUUUGUAAUACAAUAAGCUACAAUUGCGCCAAUGUUGUAAGAGAUUUUAAUUCUAGUAUUAUUCGCUCUUCCUCUGCCUUUUCAAUUUUAUCUCUUUUGAAAAUCCAAUAGCAAAUGUUAUACGGUACUAAUAUCGUAAACUUGAAUGGUUUUUGAACGCCAAAUCUUGUAAUAUUGUCAUACAUUUUGAAAAAAAAAUAUUCACUGAGAAAAAAUACCUAAAUUUCAAAGUAACAGUAGUAAAUAAACAAAUAAUAACAUAAAUAUAUACUUGAUUUGACUAUUCACUUAAAAAUAACUAUGAGAAGUUAAGUGAAUAAAGAGUAUAACAUCUUUGUAUUCAAUGACAUUUAUUACAAUGCACAUAUGCAAAUCAGAAACCAUUUGUCUCAAAAGGCUUUAAUAUUAAUCUAAAAUUUAUUUUUUGUGUCCUAUUAGUGAACGGUCCUACAUAAUUUACAGUAUUACCAAUACAUAUGUAAAAUGUACGAUAUGGGUUAAUGAGUAUGAUAAAUUUGAUUUCUAAUAAUAAUGUGAACCUUAUACUAUAAUAUUGCUGUUUAAUAUUUGAAUUGAAAAAUGUUGCAUAAUUUCUUAUUCACUCACAGAAGGCAAUCAAUGGAUCAGCUGUAGCCAUAAUCUCAUCAUCCAAUGUGGAUAUGAGAACCAUAUUAAGAGAUGUUCUAAUAAAUUGUAGGCCUAUUCAUGAAUUGAGAAUUGACUACUGGACCUUUCUAAAACGACUGGAUGAUAUUUUAAUUCAAAAUCAAAUAUUCAUUAUUUGACGAGAUGAAAAUCAUUUUUUCAAUAUUACAACAUAUCUGGAGGACUUUUCUGAAAACUAGACAAUACACCUAUAAACAUAACUGAAUUUGAUUUUUGAGAAGGGUAUUUUCAACAGGAAUACCACUAAAAGAUAAUACACAAUACACCUCUGUUUACACCUAUUUAUUUCUACACCUAGAGGUAGAAAAAGGAAUCAUUCAAAAAUUCAUCAACAAUGAAAUAAUUUUUCCUCCUUUGAAACUUUAUCAUUGCCUUGUAUAUAUUUUAUAUCAUUUACAUCCGAUUAGAAAGCAUAUAGGGGACAGGCUUGAAAAAAUCUUCACAAAUUUAUAGCUUGCUCUACUCUACAGCCAAGAAGAGUUUUUCUCUCAAUGAUUAAAAUAAACACAUGUUCAAUUUACUGGAAUAGAAUUAAUAAUAACCAACACAUUCACACAACAAUCGAAAGUCUUUGAAAUAUUGCUUUACAAAGCUCUCAUAUAACAACAAUUUUAAGAGAAUUUACAAUGGAAUAGGCUCAAACAGGCAUGGCUUCAGUAGAAAGAUACCCUGAAAGAUAAUUGUAAGCUCGAGUAGAAUUGAAUGAAAUACCUAGAUGAUGAUUUCAUUAUCCAAAUCCUGUAAUAAUAAUAACUGUAAUGUGUAAUUAUCUUGAAAAUGGCGUAAAACUCUUUUUUUAUCAUUUUAUAUUGAAUUUUCAGAACUUGAAUGAUUAUAGAUAACAUAUUUGUCAACAAAUCAUGUUUAUAUGUAUAAAGAUAUUCUGUCAACCUAAUUUUUAUUUGUAGAAUAUAGGCAAUCUAGUGGUAUUGCCAGAGAUUUGAAUAUAUGGUACCCACAGUAGAAAGUUAAUUACUAUCUUGCCCAGACAUGGAAUUAUUAUGAAUGAUACACUAAAGUUUAAUUUUCUUAUAUCAAAUAAUUGAUGGUACACAUUUCGUAUGAAUUUUUGUAAAAUUAUGAACAGUCGAAGAAGUGGGUUACACUACUUCAAUAACAACCUAAGUUUUUAUAAAAUUUCAAUGAGUGUGGAGAUGUCUAGUUAGGUACGAUUUUGUACUACAUUGUCAAAGAAAUUAUAGACAUAAAUAAAUUUCGAUGCGAACAGUUAUAAAUUAUGAUAUGCAUAUACGGUAGCAAAAUAUAGCCACAAGAUGUAGCAUGAAGUAACAUAAUGACGUAAUGUAAACUUGGUAUUUGCGAGUGACACUAUAACCUGGGAAUAAUAAUUAUAGAAUUUGUAAAUUAGAUUUGCUUUUUAUAACACAGCUUUCGAAUGCAAUGAGAACUCUGAAAUUAGUAUGUUGGAGAAUUCCAACACUCAUAUUUUUUUUGAUAAGAGUAUUUAUAGGUUUCAACAAUUUUCAGCACUAAACAGGGACAGAAACCAUUGAGAGUUUGAUUGUAUGUAGAAUUUCCAAGAGCUUAUAAAAUCCGUUUAAGUUCUUUAUUAUCGAAUUUUUAUAUGAAGCGUGUGUACGGUAUUGUGGAGUUCAAUCUACAUCAUCAUUAUUCUUAUAAUAAUACGGUAGAGUGCAAUAGUUGAAUGAAUUCCAAUUCACAUAGUUUAUACGGAUAAUUUGUUCCAUCUAUCAUGUAAAAAACGUCGUAUUAUACUGACGAUACUUCCCCGUGUUUGAGAGUUUAAAAAUUUGCGUAGCAGUCUAGAAAAAAUUAAUAAAUGUUAGUAUAUGUUUUGAAUAUGAUUGGAUUUGUUAUGUUUAGUAGCUUUGCCAUGAAUGGUUAGUUUAUUAGGUGCUAUUGGCUGUGUAUAUUUCCAAAACAGUUUGCCUGUGAUAUCAUAAAAAUAAAACUGAUCUUUUAUGAACUGGUUGUGUAAAACGAUGAGAAUAUUGUUCUGUUCUGACAACAGAUACAAAAUCAGGUGGAUUGAUCAGGUAGAAAAUCAUCUACUGGAAUUAUCUAUUUUGGUAUCACAUUAUUUUGAAGCGAAAGAGUACCUAGGUCGUAUUUUUCACAUGCAACGCAAGGGGAAGUUCAUGAAAUCCAUAUAUUUAUAUAUUUAUAGAUAAUUCAGCUGUCACAUUUGAUGGGAGGUUGAGUUUGAUUAGUUUGUUAUAAAGAUAUUUUUGAAAAUUCCCCACUCACUCUGAUUGAGUCUAGGAAGGAAUAAAUUUAUAUCGUAUAGUAUCACAGUAUUUGAAAGUUUAGCAAUUCACUGAGCCUAGAAUCAUGAUUCAAUUAGUUAUUAAUGAGUGCUAAGUUCACGGUAGUUACUUUAGUUCACCAUCUUCUUCAUAAUCGUUUGUCUUCAAAUCUUAUUGUACUCUAUUUUUCCUAUUUAUGACACCAAAAAUGAUAGGUACAUGAGAAAGCAAAGGAGUGAAAUAAUUUGAUAUUGUCAUUUACUGUGAUUUAAAAAUGUUCAUAAUAUUAUUGGACAAGCUUCUAAGACAAAACUACCACAAACAAAUUGUUUAAUUUAGAAUAGUGCAUAUAUUUCUGCAAUCUUUUCCAUGAAUUCUAUUGUCGCUGAAAGGUAUAAAAUAUAAUUAUUGUAUUCACCCAAAAAGUAAUAAUAAUAUCGAGUGACCUGGCUGGCUCAAGUCUGGUGUCAGAGUUUUCAGGUCGCAACUGAUCAAUUUCAGGGCCUCUGGCAUGACCUAACGACUACUAUUGUAUUCACCCAAUAUCAAUAAUUUCAUGUUGACAAUACCAUGAAUAAAAUGAGUAAUGAUAGAUGGCUCAAGAUGCAUUCCUAGACCUAGACUAUGCUCGAUUUAGAAGUGCUCGAUUUAGAAUUGAAAUCUAAUUCGCAAUUUAAUAGAAAGUAUUCAGCAAAUUUAGAUUGAAGACCAAACUGACAUGGAUAUUUGACACCAUGGUCAAAUCUAUUUGUUAGUUGAACGUAUGACACCUAAAAACACCAAAAAGCUCUUACCUUAUUUGAACUAGCUUGGCACUGAUGUUCAAACCAAUUCAUUUUUAACUGCUUGAAUUUAAAUCCGUUUUUAUUAUGUAAUAGGACAAGAGUCGUUCAUUUAUUCAUUUUAUAAUUAAUUAGGCCUACUUACUUCUUCAAGGAGCUGGUAUUUGUUCGGUUCUAUACAACACUAACGGAUUUUUCAUUACAAUGUAAAAUUAUUAUUAAAUCAUUACCCAUGAACCAACAAUUAGGGUGCCGUUUCCACAGUGGAAGCUUGAAUUUAAUCUAAAAAUGAACCACAUAUAACAAAAGUGACUCAAUAAGGAUUUGAUUCAGUUUAAAUUGAUAUCCGGUUAAAACUGGCACUGUGAAAAAUAAUAAAUAAGUGCCAUUUGAUUUGCCUUUUUAUCAAUACAAUUGAUUGACACUAAUUUCACUUGUGUUGACUAAUGAGACCAUCAUCAAGUUUGAAUUUUCUUCAUUCAUUAAAACAAUUCAAUAUUCAAUUUAUUCAUAAGUCAAAUGCAUUGCAAAUAUUCAUUAACAAAUACAAAAGCACAUCGAUUCAAAAUUAAUCACAAUCGAUCAUAAGUUAUACAGAAUUAUAGAAUAAAUGUAUUGUUUAGUAUAUACUGUAUCGGGAGACCAAUGCUAAUGAAGUUUGAUCCGAUAUUUAGAGUUACCCCACCUUAUUUUCAAAGUUUAACUGAAUGCGUUUUCAUUGCAGUUUAAUUACUAUGAUUUUCAAUUAGCUCUUCCAUAUUUGCUGUGAUAUCCUUGAACGUGGGAGUUGAAUAUCUAUUUAUGAUCAAUUUCCAAUAAUAUUAAUUAUAUUGGAAAUUAAUAAUAAUAUGUUUAUUCAGAAAUGGAAAGUAGUGGUUUUGCUCGGUCUAAAAAAUUAAUGGAAAUUUCUGAAAUCAUGUUUGAAGUUGGAGAGGAAUUAUUUUCAGAAAAGGAACCAAAAAAAUACAUAAAUACACAUACUCUCAUCCGUGCGAUCUCGCACCCUCAUAUUAAACAAUUACUGUAAUAAUAUUACAAAAUUAUUAAUUGAAGCUAUCUCCAAUUGAAUUUGUUUCCAUAAUCUAAUCAAUAAUAUUGUUAUAACUAAUUUUGCAUAACAUACAUUUUAUUUGUGUAAUUUGUGAUUUGCUUGAUAGCUAGAUAAGUAUACAAUUAUAAUUAUGCUGUAUAUUAUAAGAAUGAUAUCUUAUCAGUUGAGGCCCUACGUUGUACACUAGUUGGAUAUAAGCUUAUUUAAAUAUAAUGUGUCACUUGUUCCAAAUGCACAUAGAUGAUUAUUGAAGAUAGUGCUAUCUGAAACAUCAAUAAAUAAUUAUUUAAAAAUGAGGAAACUAUUUUCUGGCUAUAAAUAAUAGGCUAUAUUUAUCAAUAUUUAUAUAGAAAAGUAGCGACUGAGUUUAAGAAUUAUGAACGGUAUGGAAAUCAUCAAUUGAUCAGAUAAUUUUUAUUGGUAAAGCUUCACAGACAUAAUUAAUGCAAUAAGAAAUAUUUUAUUCGUAUUAUAAUUACCGUAUCAACUCUCAUUGUAUGUACUUUGUAAUGUGCUCAGAAGUUGUUCUCCGUAUAAUUAGAUAUUUUUGUCCCAUCGUAAUAAUAUUAUUGUACUGUAAUAAUGUAAACUAAGCUUCAACUGACAAUAAAUACCAGUAGGUUCAUUAGCUGGUUAGGUUGUAAAAAAAGUUUCAAAAAUUAUGUCUAUAACAUUAUUUAACGGGAAGUUACGCAUAAGUAGAGUUCCAAAAGAUUGGAAAGGAUUGAUAGUAAUCUUUAAAACGCAAAUCGAUAAAUUAAAUAUUAUAUUUGAUGGCGUAAGUAGCCUAUGAUAAUCUGCACAUAAAUGUAAGAAUGUUUGUUAGCAGUUGAGUACAUUCAUUAAAGGAUUGAUUGUUCUAGAGAAGAUUCAAAAAAUAUUGGUAGGCCUACUUAUAAAAAAUUGUAGGAUUCCUAAGUUGGGAAUUCAUAUGUAAGAAAAUAAAUAUUUUUCUCAGAACAGUGAGAAGGAUCGAGUUGUAAGCCUAUAAAUAGGAAUUAAGGAAAUAUAUUAAGCGUGUGCUGUUUAUUGUACCGUGAUUGAAAUAAUUCAUUUUCAUAUUUAUGAGAUUAUAAAAUUUGGUACAUCAGAGAUCCUACCAAGCAGCAUCACAUUGCUUAUCAAUAUUAGGUGCUUCUAGAAUCAAGAAAUGGUUAAGCUGGAGGCAGAUAUGUUUAACUUUCCCAAUCCAUAUAAUUCCUACUCCUCUAUUAAAGUAACUAACUAAUGCUACUUAUUUUGAUUUCCGAGAGCGGAUUUAUUUGAAGCUCAAUACAUCAACACCAAUCCUAAAACUCCAUAUUUUUCAAAUAGGAAAUUGAUGCACAGCUUGAGAAGGUUUGAAAUUCAUGGGCACUCAAUAGACCAAUGAACAAUUUCCCCUGAAUAAAUCAAUCUGGAAGGUAUCAUCCCGUUCUAUACCUUUUCGAUACUAAACUUUUCCAGCAGUUGCAUUGAAUUUAUUUUUAAAAUUUAGAGAACAUUAAUUGAAAAAGUUGUAAAAUUCUAUACUGUAAUAAUCCUAUACUAGUUAUUUGUUUCAGUUUAUUGUAAUUUUUAUAGAUUUCUAGCCUUACCGGUGCAUUCAUAUGUAACUUCUGCUAUGGAUAUUACGUUUAAAAUGAUUUAUAAUAUCAUUUCACUAAUCAUGUGCUGAUCAGAUAGCUAUGGAACUGUAAUAAUCGAAAUUAUUAAAAUACUUGCAUUUA